AUGCUUGUAGUGGCGGAACGAAAGUGGACGGUCCUCUUGGAACCUGAUUUUGGAGUCGAUACAGAUACAGGAGUAGUGAAUGUUGGCGUCGAUCUCGAAGUUGGUGAGGUGGUAGACGAGGAAGGAGACGAGACCGGGGUGGUGGUAGCGGUUGUAGUAGGCGAGCCGCAGGAGGAAGUUGGCGUAGUAGUUGUAGUUGUAGUAGAAGAAGACUCGGAAGUUGUGGACGUGGAUGAAGAUACGGAAGAGACAGAAUUGGAGUCGGAAAGAGGAGCGACAGUGACGACUAGCUUGUUCAAGGCGGACUUGUGA